CACGAUGGCAACUGUGAAGCAGAUAAUCAUUUUCUCCUUUUUACUCUCAGUUAAAGCAUCCAGUGAUGUGUACAAGCUGGUUAACAGUGAAGUUCAACUGGACACACAAGAUAAAAAUGUUCAGUUUGAUCAAUUCAGGUGGAUGUUUAAGAGUGACAAUAUUCUGAGAUACGACAGUGAAAGUGGAUUCAUAAAGAAAUAUGAAACUUAUAAAGACCGGGUGGAGUUUAAUACUGAAACACAGAGAUUAACACUGAAGAACUUACAGAAGACCAUAUAUAGAAGUGGACCAUAUAUAGCAAAAGCUGAAAGUAACCAGGAUAAUAUUGUGGCUCGUUACACACUGUAUGUUUUGGAUCCAGUGAAGAAACCAGAACUUACUUAUCAGCGGAGCAGUGACUCCUGUAAUGUGACCUGUUUAGGUCUCACACUCUCAAUCAACUUUGACAAGAAAAUCUGUGAGGAGAGUGAGACAUUAACUGAAAAUGUCUCCUAUACACUUUCUCUCUGUGUUAAUGGCAAUCAAGUCAUCUGUAAUCAUAGCAACCCAGCCAGCUCAAAAGUGACUUCGAAGGAGAUAAAUCAACUCUGCCCUCGUGAGCCUAAAUCCAAAAGUGAAGCUAUCACUACUACAGGAUCUGUUUGCCUGCUGAAGAUCUGUAUUCUGUGGGUCUGGUUCUCAUGGUGUCUGCAGUGAUCACCGUCCACAUUAGAGAGAGACUCAUCAAACCAAAGAUAGAGCAACACAGAGAAUAAACUGCUUUUCAAUCUAUACACUAUGUUUAUGUGCUUGUUAACAUCUCUUUUCUUCCAUAUUAAGUGUUAUCUUAACUCCUUUUACAACCUAUCUGGGGGUAAGGGACACCAGAAACUGGUACCCUAAAUCUACUUCCUCCAUUGGGUAUCCAAAUUAAGCAUCCUUUACUUUGGAAUCCCAAGUCUGGACUUUUAAAGACCAGAGACCAAAGACAAUGUACUCCCCUUAACCAAACACACACACACACACACAUACACUCAUACACAUACACACCUGGAAUUCCAGUGACCAGAAAGUGACUGAUCUAUUAUUAAUUCAUAUUUCCUGGUAAUUUCUUCUUUAAAAAUGCCAGUGGUGCCCCAUAAUUAAUCUUAAGCUAUUAAUUGCUAACAUCUUUUCUUCAACAAUAUACAGAAUAUAAUGUGUUUAUAAUGGCUACAUUUAAAUAAACAAAUACACCUGUAA